AUGGUUCCGAUUAACAUUUUCAGCCGAGGGCCUCUCCUCUCUGCUCCUCCACUCGUCUUUACUCUUCCCGCACACAGCUACAGAAGUCCUGGAGGGCCCUGUCGAGUUGGAGUGGAGACAGGCGUAACUGAGGCUUUGUUGCUCUGCUUGUAUGGAAACAACAAGGAGGAGGAGGAGGCCAUGAUGCAGGAGUGGUUCAUGCUGGUCAACAAGAAGAACGCCCUGAUCAGGCGGCAGAACCAGCUSUCUCUGCUGGAGAAGGAGCACGAUCUGGAGAGACGAUUCGAGCUGCUGAACAGAGAGCUGAGAGCUAUGCUGGCCAUCGAAGACUGGCAGAAAACCGAAGCCCAGAAGAGACGUGAGCAGCUGCUGCUGGACGAGCUGGUGGUCCUGGUCAACAAACGAGACGCGCUGGUCAGGGACCUGGACGCCCAGGAGAAAGAGGCCGAGGAGGAGGACGAGCACCUGGAGAGGACACUGGAGCAGAACAAAGGCAAGAUGGCCAAGAAAGAGGAGAAGUGUGUCGUUCAGUGAUUGUCAGAGAACAACCAACAGAUGUAGCCGAUGAAAGAAAUGUAUCGUCAGGUUCUUCUGGUUUGAUAGCAGCUUUUAGACCUUUUUAUCCUGACAUGGUUUCUGGUCAAAUUAACCGCAAAGACACCAACUUUAUACCGACUUACAAACACAACUACAUGUUUUAACUGUUAUUUUAAGGCUCUUAUUGAAAACGGUACCUGUGUGGAUUAUCAGUGUAGUUCAGGAGACGAGCGCAGUGAAACCCUUCAGACCGUCACGGCCUCCUGUCCUGUCUGAGGUUCAGCACAACUGGGUUUAACGUCUCUACGACCAAGUUUUGUUUCCUAAAAGAAAAAAAAAAGUCUUUAUGAGAUUCUUCAUUACUUGACUGYGUGUCUUUUAAUUAUAUCACUUUUUACUGUUCAUAAAUCUUUCCUAUUGUUUUCUACGUCCUGGCUUGAAAGCAGUUUUACCAAAAGAGUAAAUAAAUAAAUAAAUAAAUAACACCCUGUUGUAUAUUUUCAUCACUUUUCUCACUAACCGCUUUGAAAUUCCUUCUUUUAUCUGUCAGAAACAACUAUGUACAUUAUUUAUUGCUGCUUGUAUAUCCCGUCACAUUUGGUGAGCAACAACUUUUGGUUUGUAUUUAUUGUAUUCAGAAGAGAUCUCUGCCUCUGUGCUUCUGUUUAGAGCUCCACAUCUGGUGCAGAUGUGCCGCUACGUGUGACCAUUUAUCUGAUUAUUUAUUCCAGUGUCAUAACUCAAAUCUUCAGUAAUAAAGUUCCUGAUGUCUGCUUCA